UUGACUUCCCCCUCCCUGCCCCCAAUUCAAUAGAAUCCGACUCAUCUUGUCACAUCGUCUUAAAGUUAUUAUAUUUUUGAUUUGCUAAAUUAUUUUAGUUUAUUUUUUGAUUUAUUUAUUAUUGUUUGUAUAUAAUCAAGUGCCAGUCGAACGGAUAACUGAGUACAGAGAAACAUUACAACGAGACCACAGGUCUCGGCCUUUGGCCAAAAACACUAUAAAAACUAUAAGUAUUGGAAAAAUCAUCCAAAAAGAUCUGCCAUACCCAAGCUAAAUUAAGAUAUUUCAUAAUUUUUUAUUUUCUUUUGUAAUAAUGUCUCAGUGGAAUAAUUCUUAUUCUUACAACCAGUAUCAAGCACCUAAUAAUUGGAACAACGAUUAUAAUAGCCAGUAUCAAGCUUAUUAUCCAAAUCCAAAUAGACAAUAUGACCCCAGUAAUCAGUAUGUUAGUUUUGAUGAAUUUUUAUCUCAAAUGCAAAUUUCAAAUCCACCGCCUACGAAUCCUGCUACCUACAAUAACAUGCAAUAUCAAAACUACCCUAAUGCGCAAUAUAACAACAUGCCAAGUUAUCAAAAUGGUACUACACCUCAAAGCUCACAGGCAGAUUAUGCAUAUGGAUCGAACACUGCCAAUUUCCCUAAUAAUGAGGAAACUUAUCAACCAAACAUGCAUAAUCAAUACAACCAGGUGACCUCGGAUAAAAAUAAUUAUUCAAAUGAAGUGGUUUUUAAAUCAAAGCUAACACCAACUGCUACUGAAUUUGUGCCUAAAAGCUCCAAAUCAAAAUCACCAAGCAGUCCUCACAAUGAGCCUUCACAAGAAGCAAGCUCAUCAAGUGGGGCAGUAAGUAAAUCAUCUAGUAAUUAUUCAAAACCAUCUAGUUCCACAAAUUGGAGAGAAAAACCACAUAGUUCUCAACAAAGUGGUGCCUCAUCUAGUAAUGAAACAACAAGUCAAAUGCAGAAAUUUUCAAAAUAUCAAGACUCAAAUAGAAAUCAUAAAGGGGAGUCUAAAAUUCGUAAUCAAGACUGUUAUAAUAGCCACCCUGAGUCUUUAGAUCAAAACUCUACUAAAAUGCAUAAAGACUCGUCAAACCGUCCCAGUGAAUUGAAUAAUCGGAACCGAAAAUCCAAAAAUCGUGCCACUAAUAGUAAUCAAAUGCAAGAGACUAACUACCGUAAUCAAGAUUUUAAUCAUCAAGACUCUAACAAUCAUAGAAUAAACAAUCGUAACAGUGAUUUAAACAGCUUUAAUCAUGAGACAAAUGCCUAUGAUGAAGUAAGCAUGCACAAUGAAGGGGGCCAAUCAAAAUCCAACCCAAAGACUAAGAAUAAAGAGUCUGAUGUAGGUCGAACUUUUUACAACAGUACUAUGCCUAAAGAAAGUCAAGAUGUUAGGAAUGGAAGAAGUGAAGGACCAAGAAAUCGUAAAUGGGCUGGCAGUCAGCGUUUAAGAGCUACAGAACGUAAUAGUACUGAAGAUGAACAAUAUGCAAAUACAUAUGGAUAUUAUAGGGAAGAAAAAAUGAAAGAUAGUGUGUCCAGUCCAAUGCGAGGAAAAAAGGCUUUCACAAAUAUAGGAGCAAAUACAGAAAUGACUCAGCGGGAGCGUCUAAGUGAACAAUUAGAUAAAGGAACCCUUGAAUGUCUGGUGUGUUGUGAAAGAGUGAAACAGACUGACUCUGUUUGGUAUUGCAGCAACUGCUACCAUGUGUUACACCUCCGGUGCAUAAGGAAGUGGGCCAUGAGCAGUUUGGUUGAAGGCAAAUGGCGUUGUCCAGCAUGCCAGAACACAAGUCAAGAUAUACCAACUGAAUAUAGAUGUAUGUGUGGGGCUGUACGUAACCCAGAAUAUCAGAGAGGGUCGAGUGGGGCUCACACUUGUGGCAAAGCCUGUAAGCGGCCCAGAAUAUGUCCACAUCCUUGUACAUUGCUUUGUCAUCCUGGUCCUUGCCCACCAUGUCAAGCCACUAUUAAGAAGGAAUGCGGCUGCGGUACAGAAACACGGUCAGUACUCUGCAGCAGCAAAUUGCCGCAAGUUUGCGGUCGACAAUGUAAUCGUAAACUCGAGUGUGGGGUACACUCAUGCACAAAAGACUGCCAUGAGGGUCCUUGUGAUGCAUGUGAAGAAAUUGUCACCCAAGUGUGCCACUGCCCCGCGGCGAAGUCUCGCUCCGUGCCGUGCACGGCGGAGUCGGGCGCGUGCGCCACGUGGUCGUGCGCGGCGCCGUGCGGGCGCGUGCUGGCAUGCGGCGCGCACGUGUGUCGCGCUGCGUGUCACGAAGCGCCCUGCCCCCCAUGCCCGCUACGCCCCGACAACGUUCCUGCCUGUCCCUGUGGCAACACCAGAAUAAGCAAGGACCAGCGUAAAUCUUGUACAGACCCAAUACCACUUUGUGGUAAUAUCUGCGCCAAGCCUUUACCAUGUGGUCCUUCUGGAGAUAAACAUUUUUGCAAAGAGUGUUGUCAUGAAGGUAAUUGUCGCGUAUGCCCGGACACCACGCUGCUGCAAUGUCGCUGCGGACACUCCAGCCGUGAGGUCCCCUGCGCAGACCUACCACAGAUGCUUAACAAUGUAUUGUGCCAGAGAAAGUGUAAUAAGAAGUUGUCGUGCGGCCGCCACCGCUGCCGUACGACGUGCUGCGACGCGCAGUCGCACCGCUGCGCCGUGGUGUGCGCGCGUACGCUAUCCUGCCAGCUGCACCGCUGCGAGGAGUUCUGCCACACCGGACACUGCGCGCCCUGUCCUAGAGUCAGUUUCGAGGAGCUCCGCUGCGAGUGCGGGACGGAGGUGGUGCUGCCGCCCGUGCGCUGCGGCACCAAGCCGCCCGCCUGCAGCGCGCCGUGUCGCCGCGCCCGCGCCUGCGCGCACCCGCCGCACCACUCGUGCCACUCGGGCGACUGUCCGCCCUGCGUCGUGCUCACCACCAAGAUGUGCUACGGGAAGCACGAGGAACGUAAAACCAUCCCAUGUUCACAAGAGGAGUUUUCGUGCGGUUUGCCCUGCGGCAAGCCCCUACCUUGUGGAAAACACACAUGCAUAAAAACGUGCCACAAGGGUCCCUGCGAUACCGGAAAAUGCACGCAAGCGUGCACUGAGAAGCGUCCGAGUUGCGGGCACCCGUGCGCCGCGGCGUGCCACUCGGGCGGCGGCGGCGCGUGUCCCAGCGGGGCGCCGUGCAAGCGCCUCGUGUGCGCCACGUGUCCGUGCGGGCGCCGCAAGGCGGAGCGCACCUGCUGCGACAACGCCAGAGACUAUGCCAAGAUGGUGAGCACUUUGGCAGCAUCGAAGAUGCAAGAUGGUGGUACCGUGGAUUUAACUGAAGUACAGCGUCCGAGUGCAAUGUUAAAAACGCUUGAGUGCGACGAGGAAUGCUUUGUGGAAGCGCGUAGUCGCCGCCUGGCGUUGGCGCUGCAGCUGCGCAACCCCGACGUGUCGGCCAAGCUCGCGCCGCGCUACAGCGAGCACGUGCGCUCCACGGCUGCACGCGAGCCCGCCUUCGCCCAGCUCGUGCACGAACGACUCACUGACCUCGUGCAACUCGCCAAGAAGUCAAAACAGAAGACUCGCGCCCAUUCCUUCCCAUCUAUGAAUAGACAGAAGCGUCAGUUCAUCCACGAGCUGUGUGAACACUUUGGGUGUGAGAGUGUUGCGUAUGACGCAGAGCCUAACAGAAACGUUGUUGCCACAGCUGAUAAGGAAAAGUCGUGGCUGCCGGCAAUGAGCGUGCUGGAGGUGCUGGCUCGCGAGGCGGGCAAGCGCCGCGUGCCCGGCCCCGUGCUGCGCGCGCCCGCACACACGCCCUCCGCACCCGCACCGCCCUCCGCGCACGCGCACGCCUCCGCCUCCUCCAAAUCAUCCGGCGGCUGGGCGACGCUGACCUCAACGAACGCGUGGGCGGCUCGCAGCCAGCCCAAGCAGGCGCCCAAGAUAGACUACUUCGACAACCCGCCCGACAACUGAACGAUUAGCUCAAUUCAGGCCAGAUGAGUGCUUAAGUUGCCGAUGGAUAUUAUGUGAAAUAUAUGAUAUUUCUCAAUUAUUUUUAUGCAAUUAGUAGAAAUGAAAAAUAUGUACAUAAUUAAACUAUUUGGUCAAUUUCAAUAGUCGUUUUUUAUGUAUAAAGUGUUGCUCACACUAAAACAAAAGAAAAAAUAAAGUCCGUUCUAAAAUUCUAAAGUUUCUAAAAUUGGCUAAAUACUUACGGUUGUCUUACAUGCCGGAUUGGUAUCGCUUAUCGCGUCGCUUGUUAACCAAUGGGUUCGGGUAUUUUAUUCUCUUUUACGACCUUUUUCCAACCCGUGGAAUGGACUAUAGUUUAAUUAUGAUACAUAGGUAUUUCCAUAACAAAAAAAAAUUGGCUGAAUUUUUUUUGUAUAUUUUAAUAUAAAAUACUUAAAAAUAAAACCUUAGAUUUUUUUUAAAUUAAAUUAAUAGGAAUUUCAAUUACAAAUUAAAUAUAUGUGGGGUGACUAAAUGUUUGAAUUUAACUAAUUAUUGGCAUAACUAUGGAGGCACUCGUCUGCGUCUACUUUUUUAUAAGAAACUUACAAGUGAUCUCUGCAUCAUAGAAAAAUAAUAAUAAGAAAUAUAAAUAACAUAAAAUAAUACAUUAACUAUAGAACACUUCUGUUAUAUUAACUGUUCAACGAAUAUCACCAUAGACAAAUAUAAAUGCUGCCUUAUAUGUUAUAAUGAAUUUUCAAACAUUAUUUAUAUUAUAUUUAAUGUUAUACAAAGCGAGAACUUUGUUUGAGAUCACAAGUAAGAGAUAGUAGAGUCAAUUUUUAUAUUAUUCAUAUUAUAAUAAAAUAUACAUGCAUAGGAUACGUGUGGGCUAUGUGUUAUUUGAUGAUUAAUGGAAAUCACUUAUAUUAUAUAAGAAAAUAUUAGGUAAACUUCACUUUACAAGCAUAUAAAGGACUUUUCGUUUCUUAUCUAAUAUAUGUUAUAUGUCAUUCCUAAUUUUUUUUAUUUAUAUAAUUGGCCUAAUUUAGAUGAUUUUUUAACUCUUUUUCAAUUUUAGGAAGUUCCUUUUAAAAUUCAAUUAAACUUUUUUGCUAAAUUAUAAACUAAUGUCAUGUCAACGUUUAACACAAAUGCUAGUUCAAAUAAAUAAAUCUUAUGUGUUCAGCACAAAUAGAGUUAAUAUUGUACGGAUAUUAGAUAAUAAAUAUAAUCGUUUUAUAAAAUAAUAAAAUAAGAAAGCUUAGCACUUCAUAAAAGUGUUCGAUGUAAUAGAUUUAAAAAAAACAAUGGUUUUUAAUUUUAUUGUUUCAGUUUCGCUGCGCAAUUAUCAUGAUUCUAUCAUUCUAUUAUGAAAAAAUAGUUCUUCAUUAUAAAAAAAAUCCAAAUGAAUAAAAUGUUACGUAUUUGGAGGGCAAUCGUAUUUUUUGAUAAUUAAUUUUAAAUCCACUUCGUCUAACUGUUUCGUCUGAAAUUUUGAUAAAUUCGCACUGAUAUCAAUAUAGAUUCUAGGUUACAUUUAUAUUAUGUAAUUUUUUUCUAAAUGGUUCUUUAAAUAAUUUUUUUGUGUAUUCUUAAAUAAUAAUAUUUCUGGGGCUCUAAUAUUUAAAUAUUGAAUCAGACGAAAAUAUUUCUCUUAAGUUUAUAAGUCUUCAUAACUAAUGAAUCAUUUGAUGAUUAUACUUAACGAUUUUAAGUUAUAUGUUAAACAAAAUGGUGCUAUUCUGAUUUCAAUAUAUUUAUUAUAUUUUUAAAUAGCACGGCCAAUUGUACGGAUUUAAUGUUCGUGAAAUUGUUUAUUUUCUUUUUCAAGUGUAGUUACCUAAAAAAUAUAUGGGAUACGUUUUCUUAUGAUUAUAAUGUAAUCUUAGAUAGUAUUCUACAAUCUGUGUAUUUGGAGCAUAAAUUAUCUGUUGUACAGGCGAUGUGUAAUAAAAUGUUACAUAUUUGUUA